AUGGUUUCAUUAGGAGAUUUAAUGAAAAGCCUUUGCGUGGCUUUCGAAUCUAAGGAUUUUGAUAGCUGCGAAAAAUUAUUGACACCCAUUAAAAUUGAUCUAAUAAAGCACGAUCUACUGCUUCCAGAUCUACAGAGUGAAAAUGAAGCGUAUAUCAAUGAUCUGAAUGUUUCAAAAAUGUUUCUGGAGAUUGGAGCACUCGUUAAUAUUUACAGACUGGAUUUCGAUGCGUUUAAGAGUUAUUUUGUUCAAGUGAGAGUGUACUAUUUCGGAAACAAUUCUAAGCUAUCUGAGUCAGAAAACAAAUCAAAGUUAAUAAGCCUGUAUUUAUUAGUUCUACUUUCUGAAGGUGAAAUUACGAAGUUUCAUUCUGAAUUAGAAUACUUAGGAAAGCAUGUUUCCAACCUGGAGGAAGAUGAACUUUUAUCAUAUCCAACUAAAGUGGAAAAAUGGCUCAUGGAAGGUUCAUAUCAAAAAGCUUGUGAUUUAUUGGAAUCAAAAUCCAAAAUCCCAGAAUUUGACAUAUUUACCGAAACAUUGAUGAAUGCAAUUAGGGAUGAAAUUGCUCGCAAUGCAGAAAUCGCAUAUAAAAUCCUUCCACUAACAAAUAUAAAAGCUUUAUUAUUUUUCAAUAGUGAAAAAGAAUCCGAGAAGUUCGCAUUAGAACGGGGUUGGAAGAUCGUUAAUGGAUCCGUUAUAUUUGAGGAGGAAGAAAAUACAGAUCAGAAAAAGGAGACACAAAGCAUAAUCGAAAGGUCUCUUGAUUAUGCAAUUAGUUUAGAAACUAUCGUUUGA